UAUACAUCGGGUAUUCAGUCAGGUGUAUAUAAAAAUUAAGAUAUCGAAGGAUAUAAUCACGUUUGAGCUCAAUUGAAGUCCAUCUACCCUUUGAUUUCCAUCUCGUAUUAUUCUAUAUCACCAACACGAUAUUGGCUAGAUUCCCCUAUACAGUCAUUGGCUCUAAUUGGGGCACUUCGCCAUGGCGUACCCAAUGCCGAACUCCGUGCCUUCGCGCCCAUCGACACCUCAAUUCCCAAGAUACUCCUGUCAACCUCCAAGCCGACAACAAUACUCUCGAUCUCCUCCUCCGUAUAAUCACCCACUAAACUAUCCUACGUCAUAUCCUCAGCCAUUCUCAAGUCCCCGGCGCCUGAGUUCGCCUCCUCCGCUAUGCACCUCUCCACACUUACACUGUCACCAGCCAAACACUGGUGAACACAUUAAUCCUCCCUAUACGUGCGCUCGUGCCUGGGAACCCCAUCGCGGUGAUCAGAGACGUCAUAAUGGAGAUACGAUAUCUACCGCGUACCACUGUUCCAAAAUCCUGGACUACAAACUUGAGAGGCCUACUAGGAAGUCCCUGGCUGCUGGCAUGCUGCUACAGAAAGUAAGCCAGCACCCCGAGCAACAGGACCCUAUUCCACACGGGCUGCUGCUACACAUGUUUCAGCACCUUUAUGGCAGCAUGCUGGACUCUAUCAGAUUCCUUACCAAAGAUCUACUCCAAAUUGAAGACUCCGAUGCCGUUACAUGCAAGGCAACGAUAUGUCGCUUCGACAAGCAAGAUACCUGGAGACUCUACAAAUCGCGAGUAGGAGUCCAGGAGCACUUCUAUUGUGCGCCUCACAUUGAGGUCACGUUACCAUGGCUUCCUACCCGCGCGGCUAUCAAGGAGAUCAUCGAGGCCAUCACAGACAGCUGUGGCGCUCUCGGCAAGCACAUGCAGCCGGCAUACAAGUUUAGAACUCAGUCAUAUUCGUGGAAGUUCGAACCCGGCACUAUCUACGAAACCGUCGACGCGGGCCAUCUAAUACCACGGCCAAUAGUGCAUGAUUAUAGCCACGACGAGACCAGUCACGAAGAAGAACAACAAGACGAGGAGCACCAUAACCAACAACUGAUUACCUACACCGAAGAAGAGACCUUCGAGAUAAAGCCGGAGAAUGGACCUAGGACAUUAGGCGACAUCAAGAGAGAAUGGCGUUUCGGCCCAAAUACGAAUCAAUGCAAAGAAAUUGUCAAGGGCGUGCUCGCGAAGCUAUUCAAGCUCGACCCGCGGCACAUAACGGUGUGGUUCUGGGUCAAAGACGUCGAGCUCAACGACAGCAAGUGGUAUCCCUGGGGCAGCCUGGACAACACCUACGGCCUAACCCUCGUAUCGCAAGAAAUAGUCCGGUACGACCCCGAAGACGCAAAGGGGAGCCCCAGGAGGAACGGCAAAUCAAGCCGCGCUACCAGGGAGAAGGAGCUCCGCGACGUCGCCCCGACCGUGCGCAUCAUCUUGCCCGUGGAGCGCAAGAACUUCGCCAAGGACGACGAGAAUGUCAAGUGGCUCCAGGAGUGCGUGGACGUCAUGCGGACCCAGUUGUCUGCAACUUCGGCAUCGCAUAGUCGGGCCGCGUUCUGUAUCUCCUGGAAGAAGGAGCGGAGAGACUUUGCGGACUGGUUCGGGCCUCAGGUCGUCUACAAGCUCAUAGGUGACGGCGAUCAUUACAUAUUAGAAGAUGCGUAACUGUUCCAACUUCUUGUACGAGUGAUAGAAAAUUGGAUCGUGAAGGAGGAAAGACACAGGGUUAUAAAAGGGGAAAUCAUGAGGAGUCGGAAUGGAAGCGUCCUAACUCUGUACUUUACUUACUUUGGUCGGGUCAUUCUUCAAGGAGCACGAUGGCCUAAUGUCAUAUUGUCUAGUUUCUAAUCAAACCUGUAUUAAUCUCUCG